CGAACCGCGGCUGGCGACGACGGAGAGCGACUGCGCGGAGCCGGAAAUGUCAGACCCGUCCGGGGCUCGGCUGGCAGCCGGCUCGGUUCCUUCCUGCGGAGAGCCGGGCCUUUUCCGCGUGAGGAGCAGGCAGCCGGGAGUCCCUGGAAGCAGCAGCGGGAAGGAGUCCGACUGAACGGAAACCCGGGAGUCGCUUGGUUCGGGGCCCAGCAGUGACCCGGCGAGGAUGCAACCGGGGCGGGCCCAGCCCCGUCGCUGCCGACUGUAAUCUUACAAACCAAUACAUGCUGGUUGGAAUCAGUGGACAAUAAUGAGUGGUGCAGCUUUGGGCAUCGAGAUAGUUGUCGUCUUCUUUUUGGCUUUAAUCAUACUACAUCGAUACGGUGAUUUCAAAAAGCAGCACAAACUUGUGAUUGUAGCAACACUAUUAGCUUGGUAUCUUUGUUUUCUCAUAGUCUUUAUACUGCCCUUAGAUGUCACUACGACUAUAUACAAUCGGUGUAAGCUUGAUAUAAACGAGUCACACGUAAAUCCCACCAACAGUGGAUCGGCAGUGCAACAACAAAAUGCUAAUCCCAUUCAGAGUAAACAUGAAUGUUUCAAACCAUGGAGUUAUAUCCCUGAUAGAAUUAUGCCCAUUUUUUGGCGUGUAGUAUACUGGACAUCACAGUUUUUAACAUGGAUUCUGUUACCCUUUAUGCAGUCCUAUGCUAGAUCAGGAGGCUUUUCCAUUACUGGAAAGAUUAAAACAGCAUUAAUUGAAAAUGCUAUAUAUUAUGGAACAUACCUUCUGAUCUUUGGAGCAUUCUUGAUAUAUGUAGCUAUAAAUCCAAACAUCAGCCUGCAAUGGAGUCAGCUUCAGACGAUUGGAAUAGCUGCCGCCAAUACUUGGGGCCUCUUUCUGCUUGUGCUGCUGUUAGGAUAUGGUCUGGUGGAAAUUCCACGCUCUCACUGGAAUGGAGCUAAAAAGGGCUAUCUUCUCAUGAAGACUUAUUUCAAGGCUGCUAAACUGAUGACUGAAAAGGCAGAUGCAGAAGAAAACUUGGAGGAUAUUAUGGAGGAGGUUCGCAAAGUAAAUGAAACCAUCAAAUACAACCAUCCUUUGAGGAAAUGUGUGGAUACCGUAUUAAAGAAGUGCCCUUCAGAAUAUCAGGAGAGGAUGGGUAGAAACAUGGAUGAUUAUGAAGACUUUGAAGAAAGAUCCAAUGCUUAUCCAACUGAGAAAAGCCUAGUGAAGCUUCAUAAGCAGGUAAUUUAUUCAGUUCAAAGGCAUCGUCGUACACAGGUCCAGUGGCAAAUACUUUUAGAGCAAGCCUUUUACCUGGAGGAUGUGGCAAAAAAUGAAUCCAGCGCCACUCGUCAAUUUGUUCAUACUUUUCAGUCUCAAGAAUCUGAAAACAAAAUUAUCCAAUAUCUCUAUACACCAACUCUUGAAUGGUAUUGGGAGUGUCUUCUGCGGCCAUGGUUUCACAGGAUUCUCGCCGUUAUCUUGGCCAUCUUCUCCAUCAUUGUUGUGUGGUCAGAAUGCACGUUUUUCAGCCCAAAGCCAGUUCUGUCACUGUUUGCAGUCUUCAUACAUCUAGCGGAAAAGAAUUACAACUAUUUUUACAUAGAGAUGGCUUGCUUCUUUACAAUAUUUUUCCUCAGUAUCUGCGUUUAUUCCACGGUUUUCAGGAUCCGUGUGUUCAACUAUUAUUAUUUAGCUUCCCACCAUCAGACAGAUGCAUAUAGUUUGCUUUUCAGUGGCAUGUUGUUCUGUCGUUUGACUCCUCCAUUGUGUCUGAAUUUUUUGGGCUUGACUCAUAUGGAUGCAGCAAUUUCUCAGAGAACCACAGAACAGCCAACUGCAUAUACAUCUAUUAUGGGAUCGAUGAAAGUGUUGUCCUUCAUAGCAGACGGUUUUUAUAUCUAUUAUCCCAUGCUGGUUGUCAUUCUCUGUAUUGCUACUUACUUCAGUUUAGGAACUCGAUGUUUGAAUCUUCUGGGAUUCCAGCAGUUCAUGGGGGACAAUGAGAUGACCUCAGACUUAAUAGAUGAAGGAAAAGAGUUAAUCAGAAGAGAAAAGAGAAGACGGCAAAGGCAGGAAGAUGGUGAUAAUAGGAGACGGGAGUGGAAAGAACGGUACGGGAACAAUCGUGAACCUUCAACAAGGAGCAGAAAUAUUCAAGCAGACCAGAAGGAGUCUAGUUUCACAGAGACCAGUACAAACAGAUUAACUUCCAAGUACACUAGGUCAAAUGGAAGGAACGAAAGGGACAGAGUAGAACUUCUUCAGGAUGCAGAACCUCUGGACUUCAAUGCAGAUUCAGUUAAUGAAGAUCCUCUUGACUCUGAGUCAGGAAGGUACCAGUCUGGUGGAAGAUACUUGUCAAUGUCUCGAAGUAGAAUAUUUGAUGAUGUCUAAAGCCCCAGAACGCUUGGAUCUCAGCCUGGAAAAGGCGCUUUUAGUAUCUCAUGCUGCAGCCGAAUCAGCUUCAGUUCACAAGAAAGAAAAUGGAAUGUGAGAAAUAAGGAACUUUUUUUCCUCUUAAAAAUGCACUUUGUAGAAUUAGUUGCCCAAUUCAAGAUGGGCUAGAGCAGUGUUCCUCAACCUUGGCAACUCUAAGCUGUGUGGACUUCAACUUCUAGAAUUCCCCAGCCAGCUUUACUGGCUGGGAAAUUCUGGGAGUUGAAGUCCGCACAGCUUAGAGUUGCCAAGGUUGAGGAACCCUGGGCUAGAGCAUUGGUUUCUAAAAUGGGGAUGACCCCGGCAGCGGUGCCUUUCCCUCCUGUGCCCUCACUCCUUCUAGCUCUUCUAGAGGGAAGUGAUUUAAGUAAGAAGAGAAGGGGCACGAAAGAGAAUGGGAUGCUAGGCAGCCGGGAGACAGAGGCUUCUUGACUUUUGGGGUUGGUCUUAUCCCUUAACGAAGAGGCCUCCUCUCUCUGUUAUGACCUGGAAACCUAGUGUGGUAAGAAAGAAGUUAAAAGCCUCUCCUAGAUUUCAGACAUGUUUCAGUAGCUGUUGAUACAUAAAGGAGUCUGGUUUUGACUUUUAGAGUUGGGUCGAGGUAAAGGUAAUGCAGAUGCAGUUUUAGAAUAACAAAUGUUGGUCCCAAAUAAAGUUGUCGUUUGCCUGUGUCGGAAGUUAAGUUUUCUUUUUGGGCGGUGGGGGGAAGACUUCAGAUUCAAAAGAGAUUUCUAAGGAUGAAUACAAUUGGGUCUUCCUACGUGUAGUUCCUUAGUUUAGUCCUAUUUGGUGCAAACUUUAUGAUUACCUUCUAUUCCAACUUUGGUAGGAUUCAGAAAAGGCCAUUCAGACAGGUUUGAUCUCUCAGCUCAAAUUCUUGAAGACCUGGACAGAUUUUACAAAUCUACACAAAAUAGCUUUUCUUCAAUGCCUGCCUAACAAUCACUGAAUAGAAAACAAUUCCUGUUUUCAUUAGCUAUAUAUUAAUGGCAUUUGCACGCAUAAUAGCAUUGAUAACAAAACCUUAACCAAAUCUUAACAGUUUGAAAGCACUAUAUUUAGAUUCAUAUACUAGCACAUAGUAGGCUAUAAGGAAUAAACUCAUCACAGAAACAUCUUUUAAGAUUUACUGAUAAAAGGAGCUGGUGAAAAUCAUUCAACUAAAUUAUAUUUUUGCCAUUCUGAAUUGCAAAGUUCCCAUUUUCUCUUGUCCAAAAAUCCAUUGCUUUAAAAGUAAUUUGAUAGUUCUUGCAGUCUGGAUCUUGCCUUUUGAAAAAAUGAACUAUUCUAGCAUGAAGUAAAAAAUGAAGAUGACAUCCAGCUACGUUGCCUUACAUAGGAAAUAUUUGUUUAAUCAAGCCUGCAUUUUUGCUGCUAGGACAGUUUUUUGUACUACAGAAAAAAAGAAAAUCCUUACCUUUUCACAGACCAAGAAAUGUUGUUUGGCAAACAAAAUUUAUCAAAACAAUUUUGAUAGGUAUUCAUGAAUGCUAUAUGGAAAUAUGUACAGUAUUACUGGGGCCAGAUAAUACCUGAAGAUUUUAAGAAAAAUAUGCAUUUGCCAUUGUUUGUUUUCUUGAAGCCAAAUAUGGUGAUUAGAUAUGAUUAUUGACUGUCAUAAAGAUUUAAACACCUGUCUUAUCACUGUACUGUGUUUCAUUCAGGAGGAGCAUUUGUUUGACAUAUUACAACAUUUUUAUAGAAUUUAGAAAAGCAAGGCAUGUGAAUAUUUUGAUUACUGAAUAGAAAUGCUGCACAACAGAGACAUUUUCAGGUUUUAUUGAUUUGGAGAGCCUUUAAACGUCCCAGAACAGUGCAGACUUAAAAACUACAGUGCUUGGCAUAAUUUUUCUGGCCACACAGAGAUGUUUUUGCACUCUUGUUUGUAACAACUGGAUAAAUAAUGUGUGAUAAUUUACUGGGCAUUUCCUCACAGUGUCCAAGUUCAAGAGUAGCAUGACAAAGUUACAAGGAAGAGAUGGGAGCAAAUAAACAUGAUAAUGGUUGAUCCAUGGAUUUUAUAACACUUAAACCCAGCAUUCAUCGGGCGGGGGGGAGGUUAAUGUGAUUCACAGUAGCUUCAGUGAAGCAUCAUUUUAUGCAAUGUGUAUCUUGAAAGUGAAUGGCUAUUGAAAACACAUCAUUUUCUGUUCAUUAUGACUUGGGAUGUUAUUGUCAUGAAUGCUGAAAUUACAUUCAGUACUACAACAUACCGAAUAUGUGAUUAUGGAAUUAACCGGUAUGCACUAGCAAAGGAAUUUACAAACUCCUACAUCGACUCCAGUUUAACAUUAACUUUAGAAUUUAGAAAUUCUCUUGAUGCUAUAAAUUGAUCUAAGCUUCCCACGUCUAUUAAGGAAAGUUACUUUGGAGUUAUCAAAUUUCUUCAGAACAUUUUCUGAUCCCCAGAAAAAGUCUGAUAUUUUUAACACCUUAUUGCUUUUGAUAAAUAGAAAUUUUGUUACUAGGAAAUCAAUAACCUCCAGUGAGACUUCUGAAACGUUAAGAUUUGAUUCCAAAGUUAUUGGCUCAAACGCACAGGUACAGACUAGAUGCUCUUCUGCUUUGGAGGGUGAGCUGGAAGUUCACAGGUCAUCUCACAGGUUUGGACAUGGACCUGCUAUGAGUUGUCAGGUGAUUGACAGCUCAAGCGCAGGAGAUAAAAUAGUACUUUUUUCUUGUUGGAAUUCUUUUUGGGAAACAAACAUGUUUAUAUCUGGAAUCACUUUCAAAAUGAAGUCAGGCUGCUUGUGUAAAAGCAUAGAAAGCAUUCCAGUCCCAGCAAUUUAAGCUGCUUGAUGCAUUGAUUAUUAAGAGUUCAGUGUCUUGCUCUUUGCACGCUGCUAUGGAACUUCAUGCCAAAACAAAAAUAUUUAAAACAUUUCUAUAUAUUUGUGAUGCUGCGUAGUUUUUUGACUUGUAAGAAUGUCCUGGUCACAUGCUUUUUGUGUAAAGGCUUAGAUUUCUUCUUUUAAUACAAAUUGGAAAAUGUGGCUUUUUUUAGCAGUUACAUUCAUGCAAAAACUUGUAUUUGCCAUUGAAUUCUUUGUUUGUACCUAAUAGUAAGGUUGGGACAGAAAUAAUUGCUUUGUAAAUAAGAUUGGGAUUUGGAGUCAUGAACAAUGAGAUAUAAAUUUGCUGCCAGUAAGUAAUUGUUAUUUAUAUCUAACUAGGGAUCUGUGCAUUACUGUAGUAUAAAUUAAAUUAAAAUGUAAUGCUGUAUAUAUGAGUUGGAAUUAAAAUGAACUUUAUGUUUCUCUAAUUGUCAGUGUUUGAUAUGUAACUGAAAUGCCUAAGGAGUUGCCUGAACUGAAUGCAGAGAAUUCAAAAAAUUAGUAGUGUGUGUGGCUUUAGAAACUAUGAGAAGAACAUUGGACAGGAUGCAUUUGAUGUUAGAUCAGUAAUUUUUUGGUUGUGGAAAACAUUACAAAAUGCAGUGCUACUGAAGAAAUUGUCUUGAAGCAGAAUUUUCGCAGUAAUAUUACUUUGCACAAAAUUAUGCUGCUAAUGGUAUUGUCAAGGAAUGGUUGGAAUAUUUUUUUUCAUUUUCCACAUGGCUUGAAAACAGGACCUACUAAUGAGGAACAGCUAAUUGAAUGACAUUGUGCAAUCUUGGUUUACAACUGUAUAUAUUACGAGAUGCCAUGAUUUUCGUGUUUCUCAUUAUUACUUUGAGAUACAAAGUUCAUUUAAUAUUAAAAUAAGCAUAAUUUAUGGAAUAAAAUGGAGAAUUACGCUGAAAAUCUGUGUUCUGAAUUUAGUAAUUCCAGUGCUAAUUUUUGUUCUGUGAUUACUUCUAAAAAUGUAAAAAAAAAAAAGAUGUUUGGAGGUCUGAAUAUGUCUAGCCAACCAAAACUUUCUUUAAAGGCACUUUUCCUCCUUCAUUCUUUUCUGUUACUGCUUUCUGCAAUUCCAUGCUUCAUAAAUCAGAACACAUUGCAACUAUAUCAUGAUUCCUUCUCUCUAACCAACAUGAAUUUUGAAUGUGUUAAUUUCUUACUUUACCAAUAAGUGCUUAUUUUGGUGUAAUGUGUAAACUGAUAUUGGUCAUACUACAAAUUUCCUACAUUAAGGAAAUCUGUGAGAAUUGUACCCACUGUAAAUAUAGAAGCUAUGCUGGAUCUUUAUUUGUAUUCAUGCAUGACAUGACUAGAUCAAAAGAAGCUAAGAGAAAUCAAGAAAAUGUGAUUUAUACUACCAGUGGGAUAAAUACCACUCUAUCUCACUAAUAACGGAGCAAAUUUGUAUACCUUGAACAACAACAUAUGCAAUCAAAAACACUGAAGCCUGUGCAUUGUGUUUUUGUAUCAGUAAUCCUAAAUUGUAUAUUUAAAAAAUGAUGUGCCUGGUCUGGUUUUUACUCCAUGUGUUUUUGUUUAUAUAAUUUAUUUUCUCUGGGAAGACGAAGGAAAGUUUGGAUGAAUUCAUAAGAUGUUUUACAAGUGGGCUUUGAAAGCUUUACUAGGCGAACUCCCUUCGUCUUCAUCACUUCAACACAGAUAUGUAGAUCUUAUUUGGGUACCCAGGAUUGCAAACCUGUGAAUUAUUUAUGUACUGAUCUUUUUUAAUGUACAUUUUAAUCUAAUUAGAAUAAAGUUCGCCUGAAUGGA